AAAGCUCAAAACCCUAGCCGUAAUAAGGUCCAAACACAGAUUAAGUUAUUAGUUGUGUUCUGUGAGUCUCGAAUCUCUAAAUUUUUUUUUUUUUUUUUUUUUUUUUUUUGGNUUUCGAUCAAAAGAAAGAGCAGAGCCGAACUGAGCUCGUCCUAAAAGCCCAUUAGCCCCUCGUCGAGUCCCGUAUCGUCGUCUCCCUCCUCUCUCUCUCUCUCUCUUUUUUUGAUUUUUCAAAGUUUCUCUCUUUCGUCUCGAUUCGCGCUUAUCGUUCCCGCCGCUACGAUCUAAGGUGGGUUUAGGCUAAUUCCGGAUCUCUGUCGCCUGAAUUCUCCACUAUCUCCUCCCGGUGUCUGGUUCUGAGGACUUGUGGAGGGUAUGGAUAAUAAUUCUUUGAUGCUGAUUGAUAACAAUGGCUCUUUUGAGAUUGAUGACCAAUCCCAUAUGGAUGUCGAUACCUCCCAUAACCCUUCCAUGGCUUUGUUCACCCCGACACGCCCCAACGAGGACGCCCCUACUGCCGAUACUGAUGAUGGCCUGCUCCCUGAACCUGGCACACUACCAGCCAAGCGCAGGAGGAAGAAGUCUAUGGUCUGGGAGCACUUCACCAUUGAAACUUCUAGCCCUGGAUCUACCAAAGCCUGCUGCAAGCACUGCAGGAAAUCUUUCGCCUACAUUACUGGCCAAAAGUUGGCUGGGACUAGCCACCUUAAGCGUCACAUUCAAUUGGGUAUUUGUCCAAUGAGCCGAGACAACACUCAGCUAGCACAAGUCGUUGAUUCCAAAGAUCCUGCCACUGGCCCUCCCAAAAAACGCCAGAGGUCUUCUGCUACACAUAUGAACUUCCCUCUGGAUCAAGAUCGCUGCUACAACGAGAUGGCCAAGAUGAUUAUCAUGCAUGAAUAUCCCCUUCACAUGGUCGAGCAUUCUGGAUUUACUGGUUUCGUGCAGGCCCUUCGUCCCCAGUUCAGUAUGGCUAGCUUCAAUACCAUUCACGGCGAUUGUGUCAAUAUGUACUUGUCCGAGAAGCAAAAGCUUUCAAACUUCAUCAGUGAGAUUCCUGGGCGAGUUAACCUUACUGUAGAUUUGUGGACAUCUAAUCAAUCAGUGGGUUAUGCGUUUGUUACAGGACACUUCAUUGAUAGGGAUUGGAAACUAACUCACAGGCUUCUAAAUGUUGCUGUCGUUCCUUCUCCUGAUUCUGAUUUUGCCUUAAAUCAGCCUAUUGCAGCUUGUUUAUCCGACUGGAAUCUUGAGAGAAGGCUUUCCAGUCUCACUGUUGGGCAGUCAGUAGUAAAUAAAGCCUCUAUUGAAAACCUCAGGUGCUGUUUGUCUGCCAGGAACCAGCAUGUAUUGAAUGGUCAGUUGUUGUUGGGUAGUUGCUAUGCUCGCCUCCUAAGCAGUAUGGCGCAAGAUCUGCUUGGAGCUGCGGAUUAUGAAACAUCCAUAAAGAAAGUCCGUGAUAGCGUCAAGUAUGUGAAAACCAAUGACAGUUGCGGAGAGAGGUUUGAUGAACUGAAGAUGCAACUUCAAACCCCUUCUACCAAAGAUCUACUAAUUGACAACCAAACGAAGUGGGACACAAGUUACAACAUGUUAUUGGCUGCCUGUGAACACAAAGAAGUGUUUUCUUGUCUAGGAAACUGCGAUCUUGAUUAUAAAUUGUCAACAUCUCCUGAAGAAUGGAGAAAGAUUGAGAUUCUUUGCUCGUGCUUGAAGAUUCUUUUUGACGCAGCCAAUGUUUUGACUGGCUCAACUCGAUUGACAGCAAACGAUUUGUACCAUGAAAUGACAAAGCUUCAGCUAGAGCUAAGCCACACAGCCAUGAGUGAAGAUGCAGAUGUUAGAAUCCUGGCAAACCCAAUGAAGGAGAAGUUUGACGAGUACUGGAGAGAAUGUUUGCUGCUUUUGGCAGUUGCUGUGGUGAUGGAUCCGCGCUUCAAAAUGAAGCUUAUUGAGUUUAGUUUCUCUAAGGCUUACGGGGAAGAUGCAGAUAAAUGGAUCAGGAGUGUUGAUGAUGCAGUACAUGAGCUGUACCUUGACUAUACUGAACAGGGUCACUCCCUGCUGGAUGCUUAUGUAGGCCACGGGAAUGAUGGCUUUUCAGAAACAGAUAUCUCUCAAGUUCACUUCCAUCAUGAAAUGCCUCAUGAAUACCACCACUCAAACGGGCUUUCACAUGAUCAAGUAUAUGAACAGCCUGAAGAUGGCAAUCAGCUGAAUGAAAAACCAAGAGACCAUGUUUUGGAUCGUCAUGCCUCUCAAGAAGUUGCUCAGACUCAGGUAAACCAGUUGAAAGCUGAGUCCUCGCCCCAUGCCCAAGAAGAGAAAGUUGCAGAGCCUCUUCGCCAGGAAGAUCAGUCAGGUGGUGUGGGAGAACAAGAGAAUCAGCCUACGGAGGGAUUAUCUGGAGAAGGUCAGCAAACGGGGACAGUAUCGGUGGGAGGCAAUACCACACAGGGAGAAGAAGAAAGCCAUUUGGGAGUUUCAGGUACACAGAAUAACCAUAUCAUGGAAGGGCUGUCUGAAGAGAGCAAACCAAUUGAGGGACUGACACAAGGUUCGCUUCUGACAGAAAAUCUGCAAUCCAAUGGGGAGCCAACUCCGGCCCAGGAGAGCCAGCUAACAGAUGAGACAUCCCAUGAGAGCCAAGCAAUGGUGGAAACACAUUAUGCGUCUCAGUCAGCUGAGGAGAUGGCCCAUGAGACCCAGCUGAUUGAGGAAUUUCCGUGCGAGAGCGUGCCUUCUGCGGACAUACCCCUGAAGAGUCAGCCAGUGGAGGAUACAGAUAUGACUCAAGACAGCCAGCUGGGGGAAGGACAUGUACCAGAGUCACAGUCAGUGGAGGAAAUCGUCGAAGACACUCAGCCUGUUGAAGAAGUGAUGCAGGAAGAAACAUCACAGGUGAGCCGGACAGUGGAGGACAUACCACCUGAGAGUCAUCACACUGAGGAAAUGCUGCUGGAAAACCAGCAAGUGGACGACAAUGAUAUAACUCAUGACAUGCAGCCGAUGGAGGAAAUGCUCGAGGACACUCACCCAGUUGAGGAUGUGGCUCAGGAGGUACAAGAGAUUGAGAAGCAUGAUGAAAUUCAGUCUGUUGAGGAAGAAGGAGGACAUGAGAUACAGCCGGUGGAGGAAUUGCUCGAGGACACUCAAUCAGUUGAUGAAAUGGCUCAGGAGGAACACCUGCUGGAGGAAAAGCAUAAUGAUGUUCAGCCAGUUGAGGGUGCAGGACAUGAGACACAGGCAGUCGAGGGAAUACUAGAGGACACUCAGCCAGUGGAGGAAGUAGCACAGGAGGUACAGCCAGUGGAGCAGAUUCCCGAACCCAGCCAAAACCCACAAAACGCUGAUGGUAUACUUUGCCAUGGGUAUUCUGGAGAGGGCGAGGAAGCUCCACAAAAAGAGCAGCAAUCAGAUGAAGGUAUAGCCUCAGACCAACAUCCUCAAUCACAUGCAAUGCCACAGGAAGAAGAGGCACAACAUGAUUCUCAAUCACAUGCAGUGCCACAGGAAGAAGCCACAUUUACAAUCUCUCAAGAAGGUCACCACGUUGACGUCCUUCUCCAAGAAGGCCACCACCUUGAAGCAUCUUCACAGGAGUUUCCCCUCAUCACCAUUGGAGAUGGGUUCGCAGACUUUGAGCUUUACAUCUCCGAGGUAGGUAGUCACCAACAGAUGAAAUCGGAGCUCGACCAAUACCUGGAGGAAUCCCUGAUACCGCGAUCACAGGACUUUGAGGUUCUACGCUGGUGGAGCCUGAACCGAACCAAAUACCCUACCCUCUCCAAGAUGGCGGCUGACGUUUUGUCCCUACCCUUUUGCACCGUCUCUCCAGAUUCUGUGUUUGACACGGAGGUGAAAAAGAUGGACAACUACAGGAGCUCCCUUCGACAUGUGACCUUGGAAGCUCUCUUCUGUGCCAAGGACUGGUUCAAGCACGACUCCUCCAGUUCCACCUCAGAAAACAAUCUGAAGAGGGAAUCUUGAGGUUUCCUUUUCAUCAUUCCUUGUCCUUAGAUGUAGUUGUAGUUUACUAUAUGGAUUUUUUAAGCCUUGCGCUCGCUUAUGCUUUUUUUCUUUUCUUAUUCUUUUCUUCUUACCAUGUCCCUUUUCGUGGUUGUGUAUGUAUGUUGUGAUUGAUGCUGUUAUGAUUUGAUGUUACGGUUUGGCAUCAUAGAAACUAUUUUACUUUGUAUCAAUCUUCGCAUUUGUUGUUUCUGCCCUGGGGUUAUAUAUU